GUGGCUGUUCUAAUACUUGUAACCAUAGGUAUUAUCAGCAUCAUUCGAAGAUUUGUGUAUUGCCUCAAAUGCAUAAGCAAAAUGAUAAGGCAGAGUGGGUCAGACAAGACGCUAGUGAACACACUCAGGAACCUCCCGGGAACCCCCAAAGAGUACAUCUUUGAGGAUCUGAAGAAGGCAACCAACAACUUCGAUGAUGUCAAGAACAAGCUAGGACAAGGUGGUUUUGGUGCUGUUUACAGAGGAACACUCCCUAAGGACAAGACCCAGGUGGCUGUGUCAAGAAGUUCUUGAGGGACAAGAUCUCUAGCACUCAUGAUUUCUUGGCUGAGCUCACCAUCAUCAAUUCUCUUCGCCACAAGAACCUUGUCCGCUUACUUGGAUGGUGCCACAAGAAUGGGAUACUACUUUUAGUAUAUGAAUACAUGCCUAAUGGAAGCUUAGAUCAUCAUCACCUUUUCUUCAAGGAAGAGACCAACAAAACCCCAUUAAAUUAGCAUCUAAGAUACAAGAUCAUAUCAGGGUUGGUUGCUGCUUUGAACUACCUACACAACGAAUGCGAUAAGAAAGUGAUCCACAGAGAUCUCAAGGCAAGUAACAUCAUGCUAGACUCUGACUUCAAUGCACGCUUAGGCGAUUUUGGUUUGGCUCGUGCAAUUGAGAACGAGAAGACAUCUUAUGCAAAUUUGCAAGGUGUUCCUGGAACUAUAGGCUACAUUGCACCAGAGUGCUUAUACAUCGGAAAGGCCACGCGUGAAUCCGACGUGUAUGGAUUCGGCGCAGUCUUGCUGGAGGUGGUGUGUGGACAGAGGCCAUGGACAAAGAAUUUGGACUAUCAGUUUCUUGUGGAUUGGGUUUGGCACUUGCACCGUGAGGGAAGGAUACUAGAAGCAGUAGAUCCAAGGCUAGAGAAUGAGUUUGAGGCUGAAGAAGCAGAGAGGGUAUUGAAAUUGGGGUUAGCAUGCUCUCACCCCAUUGCAAGUGAGAGGCCUAAGAUGCAGACAAUUGUUCAGAUCAUAUCAGGGUCAGUUCCUGUGCCUUAUGUUCCACCCUUCAAGCCACCUUUUGUGUGGCCUGCCGCGGAUCAAAGCGGCGCUUCCUCAGGUGAUCCUUCUUCAAGUGAGCCUACAGCUGCAACUUUUGAGUGCUCUCCCAUUAACACAACCUUCUUUGCUCGUUAAAUGUUACUGAUAGCCUUAUAAUUAUAAGUCUUGGGGAGUUAUAAUCAUUUUCCAAAGUAAGUUCAUAAAAAAAGAUGUUCUAGAUUUAAGAUGUUAUC